AUGUCCGGAUCUGAAAGCACUGCGUUGUCAAGUGGUACAUGGCUCAAUAAACCAAAAAAAGUUACUGAGGAGGCAGGAAAAGUUAGCCUCGAAACAGACGAGAAAACAGACUUCUGGCGUGAAACCUUUUAUGGGUUCACUCGUGACAGUGGUCACUUCUUGGGAGUAAAGACAGGAAGUGCCUUUACUGCACAAGUCCGUAUUCAAGGAAGCUACCAGAGUCUGUAUGAUCAGGCCGGUAUAAUGGUGCGUGUUGACGAAAGUCGUUGGAUUAAGGCCGGUAUUGAAAUUUCUGAUGGAAAAGCAAUGCUAAGCAGCGUUCUAACAAACCAAAAGUCCGAUUGGUCAACAGCUAUCUACGACAAAGACCCCAAAGACUUUUGGCUUCGUGUCACCGUUGAAAAGGGGGUCUUGAGGCUCCAAGUUUCUUCGGACAAAAAGACAUGGCCAUUAGUACGUUUGGCUCCAUUCCCAGUUUCAGACCAUUAUUUCGUUGGUCCAAUGGCCUGCACACCUGAACGUGGCGGACUAAACGUCACCUUUUCAGAAUGGAGUCUCACCGCUCCCUUGGGAAAGGCUUUACAUGAUCUAAGUUAG